AUGGCAUGCACUAAAUCUCCGAGAUGGGUCGUUCUUCGAUUCAAUGCUAAGUACGACCUCGAUGAGCCAGCAAUCAUCGACAAAUACCUCACAUUAACUCAAUCUGGAGGAAUACGCUAUUUUAUCCACUCAAUACCUCCCAGAAAUUCGUCUAAAGCCCAUACUGUCCUCGAUCUCCAUUGCGACCAGCACCAAAAUGUGAAACUUGACGACAUUUCGUAUGAGGUGUUUCUUGUGCAGAAAAAGGGUGAUUUCGUCUUAGAGCAGCUUGAUAAUGAUGCGUGUAAGAAGGCGAGCAGGCUUUGCCGAGAGUUGGACUGGGGCACUGACCGUCGCUAAUCCGAUGAGUUGCCUGGAGUGUCACUGUGACACACAGGGCAAUCUCCGGGCAGACCUGAGUCUUGCUGAGCAAGGCUCAUUGGCAAAUCCCGCAGGACCCCGGACGCAGGUACACAGAGUGUUUGAUUGGGACGGGCAGAGGCUAACGCGCAUCGAAUGUAUUCUUGCCGGGUAA